UUUUUGUUUACAAAAAUCGAUAAAAUUAUUGAUUUCGCGGUUUUUCUGUUUUUCUGUUUUAUAAAAUUGAAACUGUAUUCAUAUAUAAUGUGUCAUUGAGUGGGUGUUUUUCUAUUGGAAUACGUCCAUUGUGAAUUGAUCCCCGAAAAAAAUCGAACGUUUUUGUUAUUCGAAUCCAAAAAAGAUUCGAAUUCUCUCCCUGUGUGUGAAAAUCUGUGUCCAAUUUUUUUGGACCAUUUUUUUUGUUGCUUCCUGAUAAUAACCGAAAAUAUAAAAAUCUUUCAAAACGGCUUUCUAUCAUCCAACAACGGCCACAAUGGCCACAUUAGAACGCGAUUAUUCAGCGUAUACACCAUUUGGUUUGGCUGCUGCUGCAAGCCAUCAUCAUCAUCAUACACAUCCACAUCAUCCACAUCAUACGAUGGAUCCACAUGAUUUGAAAGCAUUCAGUCAUCAUACACAUCAUCCACAUCAUCAAACAUCAUUAUCACAACAUUCACAACCACCAUUAACAUCAUCGGCAUCAUCAUCAUCAUCGUCAACAUCAUCAUCGGUGGCGGCUGCUUCUUCUAUACAGCCACCAUUAUCGGUUAUGACACCACCAACACCAUCAUCAACACCAAAUUCACAACAUCAUCAACAACAACAACAUCAUCAUCAUCAAACAUCAUUAAAUCAAAAUUCAAAUAACAAUCAUCCACAUAAUCAUCAUAAUAAUCAUCAUCAUAAUUCGAUCAAUAAUCAUAAUCAUCAUUCAAAUAAUAAUAAUAAUAAUAAUAGUAAAAAAGAAAUUGAUCGUGUUAAACGUCCUAUGAAUGCAUUUAUGGUCUGGAGUCGUGGACAAAGACGUAAAAUGGCACAAGAACAUCCAAAAAUGCAUAAUUCCGAAAUAAGUAAACGUUUAGGUGCCGAUUGGAAAGAAUUAUCUGAAAUAGAAAAACGGCCAUUUAUUGAUGAAGCAAAACGUUUACGUGCAGUACAUAUGAAAGAACAUCCUGAUUAUAAAUAUCGACCACGGCGAAAAACAAAAACAUUAAUAAAAAAAGAUAAAUAUCCGGGUAUUAAUUCAGGUUUAAGUGGAUUAUCAUCAUCAUCACAACAUCAAUCAUCAACGGAUGUAACAACAGCCGCUGCACAUCAUACACAUAGCCGUCAAUCAGCGGCUGCAGCCGCUGCAGCUGCUGUUCAACAAGUAAGCCGAGAUAUGUAUCAAAUGAAUGGUUAUAUGGCAAAUGGUUAUCCAACAAUGAUGCAUGAAGCAUAUCAACAACAUGCUGCCAGUUAUAGUAGUGCCGCAGCGGCAAGUAUGGCCGCUGCAAAUGCUGGUAGUUUAUAUGGACGUUAUGAUAUGUCACAAAUGACAAUGGCCGGUAGUUCAAUGCCAAUGCCAUAUAUGAAUGGUACAACAAAUUAUUCAACAAUGACACCAAUGUCAGCAGCAUCAGCAUAUUCAUCGAUGGGUUCAUCAGCAGCAAGUCCAAUGUCCGGUACUGGUUCAUCAUUAUCAUUAAAAUCCGAAUCAUCAUCUGGUCAUAGUGGAAAUUCACCAAAUACAAUGGCAGCGGCUGUUGCUGCCGCUACAGCUGUUAGACGUCCGUGCAAUAAUAAUGAUUUACGUGACAUGAUUAGUAUGUAUUUACCACCGGGUGAUGCGGCAGCGGCGGCUGCUGCUGCUGCUGCUGCAGCAGCAGCAUCUAAUAAUAAUGGUAAUAAUAAUAAUGGUGAUCAUUCAAAUAAUGUACAAAAUCGUUUACAAAUGCAAAAUCAUUAUCAAAUGAAUAUCGAAUGAAUCGAAACAAACAUCAAAUCAAAUCAAUUUUCCGAUUCUCGUGUCAGACAUUCUCGAUUUGUUUAUGUUUUUUUUCUUCUGUGUAUCGUGUAUGUUUUUUUUUCUAUUUUUAUCAACUGCUCAUCAUCUACCUACACUUGAUUACAAGCAAUGAUUGUUGUUUGUUUCAACAAGCAAACAAACUAUAUUCCUGUGGGCGUCAGGCAAAAAAUAUCCAGUGUUUUUUCGCCAAAAAUGAUUAUGAUGUGUUUACGGUGUGUGUGUUUUUGUUUUGACUUGAAAAUCAAUCCAUCAUUUUUGAUUGUUUUGACAAAUUCCGUGACGCCCUUCGCCACACACACAAAAUCAAUGACAAAUUUGAAGCUAAUCAACGAUAACAACAACAACGACUACCAUCAUCAUUAUCAUUAUUUUAUCAUUAUCAUCAUCAUUAAAAUGACGCCCAAUAUUUUCUU